AUGUCUCAAUCCGAUAUUGAGGCUGCUACAGCCCUCAAGCUGCAAGGCAACAAAUGCUUUGCGCAGCAGAACUGGCCUGCGGCUCUAGAUCUCUAUACACAGGCUAUCGAGCUGUAUGAUAAAGAGCCGUCGUUCUACUGUAACAGAGCACAGGUACAUGUUAAGUUGGAAGCCUUUGGAUUUGCAAUUGCGGAUGCUACCAAGGCUAUUGAACUAGAUCCUUCAUAUGUCAAGGCAUACUGGCGUAGAGCUGUCGCCAACACCGCUAUUCUCAAUUCCCGCGCUGCCCUUAAAGACUUCAAGACCGUUGUGAAAAAAGCGCCCAACGACCGUGAUGCGAAGCUCAAGUUAGCAGAGUGCGAGAAGCUCGUGCGGCGGAUUGAAUUUGAGAAAGCUAUUGAAGUUGCCGAUCCACCGUCAGCAUUUGAGGGGCUCAAUAUUGAAUCAAUGGUCGUGGAUGAUAGCUAUGACGGUGUACGAUUGGAGGAUAAAAUGACCCAGGAGUUCAUUGAUGAUAUGAUAAACCGAUUCAAGAAUGGAAAGCAGAUACAUAAAAAGUAUGCGUUCCAGAUAGUGAAAGCUGUGCGGGAUAUCGUAUACAAUGAGCCUACUAUGGUUGAAAUCGGCGUUGAAAAAGGCUCCAAAUUAACUGUUUGUGGAGACACCCAUGGCCAAUUCUUUGACCUUCUGGAAAUAUUCCGCCUUAAUGGUUUCCCCUCUGAUACCCACUACUAUCUCUUUAAUGGUGAUUUUGUUGAUCGUGGUAGCUGGUCUUGCGAAAUCGCCCUCCUUCUUUACGCCUACAAAUGGAUGCGUCCUAACUCUUUCUUCCUUAAUCGUGGAAAUCACGAAACCGAUGAUAUGAACCGCGCUUAUGGCUUUGAAGGAGAAUGCAAAGCCAAAUACUCCGAGCGUCUGUUCAAGGUCUUCUCUGAAUCCUUCAGUGCACUUGCCCUUGCAACACUGAUAGGACAAAAGUACCUAGUACUUCACGGUGGCUUAUUCUCCGAUGAUAACAUCUCCUUGGCGGAUAUCAGAGCCCUGAACAGGCAUAACCAGCGCCAGCCAGGCCAAUCCGGUCUGAUGAUGGAAAUGCUCUGGACUGAUCCUCAGACUCUACCGGGCAGAGGACCGAGCAAGAGGGGUGUUGGUAUGCAGUUUGGUCCAGACGUCACCAAGCGGUUCUGCGAAAAGAAUGGCCUUGAGGCUAUUAUUCGAAGUCACGAAGUGCGUAUGGAGGGCUAUGAAGUUGAACACGAUGGAAGAUGUAUCACCGUCUUCUCUGCUCCUAAAUACUGUGAUAGCACAGAAAAUAAGGGUGCAUACAUCAACAUUGGGCCUGAACUCAAGCUCGAUUUCCACAAAUUCGACGCUGUCCCACAUCCUAACAUCAAACCAAUGGCUUACGCCAGCAACUCCAUCAUGUCCCUGAUGUAG